CGUUUUCCGUAAAAGUUUUGUUGUGGGUGGACGUAGUUUUUGUAAUUAUUUAUUUCUGUACAGUUUUAUUUAUAAUUAUGAAUAUUAUGUUAUCUAUUUGUGCGGUAGUGUUAUAAUUUAUAUUGAGAUGUUUAAUAUGUUAGGGGCGUCUUUAUUGGCAGUUUGUAAAACUUAUUUUUCGACAAACAAGUGGUUUACAAGAUUUUAGGAGUUUGUGGCGGUGCCUUUUUGUAUAGAAUUAUUAAGGGUAAAUAACAGGUAAACAAUCAACAUGGUGUCUCCUAAAGUGAAGAGUGGCCUCUUCAUGGGCUUCGGCGCCACCAUGGUGGUUAUCGGAGCCGUCAUGGUUGUGUACUGGCCCCCAAUAUUUAUGUCACAGCUGCAAAGGAUGAUGAUCCUCUCAGAAGACUCGAUGUCGUUCAGCAUCUGGCGCGAGACGCCGAUCCCGAUGUUCCUGGAGUGUUUCCUCUUUAACAUAACUAACGUGGAUGACAUACUGGCCGGGAAGAACGUGACUUUACAAGUCGCAGAGAUGGGCCCGUAUGUGUUUCGAGAGACGCAUUUAAAGACGAACUUGAGCUGGAACGAUAACAGUACGAUAACGUUCUUCAACGAGCGCUGGUGGCACUUCGUACCUGAAAUGUCCAACGGGAGCCUGUCAGACAACAUCACCACCAUCAACCCUGUCAUAGCGACGGUAGCAUACACGCUACGCCACCGCAACGCUCUCCUCAACAUGUUUGUAGACGGCUUCCUUCGCCUCUACCACCGCAACCUGUUCCUAACAGCCAACGCGUCGGCGUGGCUCUUCGACGGCAUCGACGACCCCGUCAUCGACAUCGCCGAGCAAUUCCCGAACUUGCCCAUCAACAUACCGUUUGAUAAGUUCGGAUGGUUCUAUACGAGGAACGGCUCAAUCGACUACGACGGGGCAUUCAACAUGCACACAGGAGCGUCGGACUUCUCUCAACUCGGCAACAUAAUGGAAUGGAGACACAGCAACCGUACGACAUUUAGAGGCGAAUGUGGGAAAGUCCAGGGCUCCACUGGUGAGCUGUGGGCACCUGAGCUGGGCCAGCCUGAGGUCUACAUCUUCGCCUCGGAUAUUUGCACAUACAUGAUCCUGAGUAAAGACAAGGAGGUGAGAGUGCAGGGAAUAGACGGCGUGCAGUACGCAGCCAACGACUCGGUCUUCGAUAACGGCUACCGGUAUCCUCACAUGGCGUGCUACUGCGACGAGGUCCGAGACGGCAACUGCCUUCCGCCGGGAGCGCUAAACGUGUCGGAGUGUCGCUACGGCGCGCCAGCCUUCGUGUCGCUGCCGCACUUCCUCAACGCAGACCCUUACUACCCCAGCAAGAUAGAAGGCCUUAACCCUACGAGCGAGCACAACUUCAGGCUGUCACUGGAGAUGUUCACGGGCAUGCCGCUGGCCGUGGCCGCGCAGCUACAGGUCAACAUGCUAGUGCGACACGUCGGCGGCAUCUCGCUAAACAACGUGCUGCCGGACCCGGACACGUUGGUGCCGAUGUUCUGGUUCCGGCAGGAGCUGCAGACCACGCCCGAAUACGCCGCGCAGGCGCGCCUUGCGUUGCGAUUGCGGUACUGGGUGCCGUACGGGCUCAUCGCGCUCACUGUAAUCGGCGUAAUUCUCCUAGUACCAGGUAUAAUCAUUCUAUUCAAACGGAUAUUAAGGUCGUCGGAGACGAGGCCAAUCCUUUCCGAGUCUUCGUCAGAAGAAAGUACCAACGCAGCUCAGUGACGAACAAAGUCUAGUUGGAAAACCUUCCAAAUUGACUGUACUAUUAUACCAGUGAAAAAUACCAAAAGAUAGUACCAGUGAAAAAAGUGCGUAAGAAGCGUUCACAAAGGUAAGGUAACAGAUACACUUUCUCAUAAAAUGUCAUGCUUAUUAGCAUUCUUAAAACAAGCGUGCUCGAAAAAUUCGAAAUAAGAAUGUUUAAUAAGCUCGGGCCGUGGGAAAAUGUCAUUAAUUUUAUUGCGAUAAUUGACGUUAACCGUAGGUGUAUAGUUCCAAAAUACUGGACUGUCCUAUCGAUGACAUUGACAGUGGGGCGCCACCGUCAAUACCGGAUCGCUGGUUCCGAUUUUUGCCAUGUUGGAAACCAUACAGUUGAACGAUGGUAGCGCCCCCCUGUCAUUGAGUUUGGUGGGACAGUUCAGCGUGGGUCAUCUAUACCCACGACUUAACGCGAUAAUUUGACAACGGCAAUAACAUUUCCGUUUGGUGUUGGCUCAGAGAUUUACGCGAGAAUUAAUGUGUUGAAGCGGCCACACCACUCUACGUCAGUGUCGCAAUAAUUAUCGCGAUAAUGGGCAUUGACGUUAGCCGUUAGUGUGGCCCCAACAUUGAGUCCCACGAUUCUGAAACGAAACGUCUGAAACGAAACAAGUGGCAAAAAUCUAAAAGUAACAACCCAGUAUUGAUUGAUAGUAGCGCCCUCUUGUAUUUGUUAUAAUUCUAAGGUACGUGGCAAUAAUCGGAACUAAUAAUCCAGUAUUCAUAGAAGCGCCCUUCUGACAACGUCAUAGCUAGGACGGUUCAGUGUAGGUCAUCUUUAUUAGCAAUGUUUCGACACAAAUACUACUAAGUGAAAAUUGCUCAAUAGUGGCAUGCUUUCGUGCUAGUAAUGAGCAUGUGUAUCUGUACCUUAACAUUUGCUGUUUUUGCUUGCACACGUUUUACAAAAAUGUACUGU